GCAAAUCGCUAUAUUCAAAUACAAAUAAGUGCCUCAAAAUAAGAUACGAGGCAUUUUAAAAAUCUAGCUACAUUUAACGUUACAUCUAACACGUAAAUCGGAAAACCGGGAAAACUGAAAAACGUCCGCUCCCCUCAGUCGCGCACUGCCGCACUCGCCUAUACACGCUCCUGAUCGGCACGCUGCGCGAUUGGUCAGCAGCGAGACAUGGAGGGGGUUCGCGGUGACGAGGUGAAAGACCGGUGGCGCGCGCAGGUGGCGCCGCGCGCUCGCUUAAUCAGUUGCGGGUUGUCCACCGGCCAGGUGAGAAAGUUGUUAUUAUUAUUUGUACUCGCGCGUCUUUCGCCGCGAUCCGCGAUCCGCGACGCUGCUGUAUACACGGCGUCGCGUCCGUACGUCCGUAGUCGCGUCUCCAGUUUCCAGUCUCCAGUUCGCUCUGCCGCCCGAGUCGUCCGAGAUCCGUUCUACCGCGACGGGCGACCGCGAGUCGCGAGUGACGAGUCUCGCAUCUCGCGAGAGAAGAGUGGCGACUGGCGAGUGGCGCACGCGUGUGCGGGGUGAGCCGCCGCGAGCCUCGAAGCUCGAAGGCUCGAAGCAGUCGAAGCUCGAAGCAGCAGUCGCCGUGUCUCCUUUCUUCCUCGCGGCGUCGAAUGAGAACGAGAGAGACCGUGACCGUGCGCGACCGACGAUCGUUCGCAGUGCGGCGCGCGGAAGGGGGGUGGGCGCUUCCCCGUCCCGCGCGUGGGUGUGCGUGCCCCGACUGCCCCGACUGCCCCGAGUGAUAGAUACACAGUUCACAGUUGUCGGGUGGCUGACAGAAGCGCGGAGGGCGAGGAUAACCCAAAUAAGGAAGGUGCGCCCUUUACCCGUUACCUCCUCGAUCGGAAGUGCAAAGGUGCGAGAGAGAGGCAGAGGGAGAGGGAGAGGGAGAGAGUGUGUGAGAUCGUGAAAACGUGACAUUACGGCAAAUGACAGCGAAGAGGUGAGGAUCAAUGUGCCGUGAUGGCUGAGGAGGAGCUGCUGGUCACCCUGUGCCGCGGCGACUCCGGCUCCGGCGGCUCUUUCGGCUUCUCCUUGCUCGGCGCCUCGGCGUCGGCGGGCCUGCCGGCCGCCCACGUCAUCUACGACAUCGUCGAAAACUCACCGGCGGCCAGGAGCGGCAAGGUCGAAGCUGGUGAUGUCAUACUCAGGGUGAACGAAGUUGAUGUCAAUCGAUUCAGUACGAAAGAAGUAUUGAAAUGUCUACGACUGUCUUCAGAUCCCGUUACUCUGAAGCUGCGAAGGGAUCCUGCGGUGAAGGCUCAUGUUCGUCGUCUUCUUUCCCCCGGACAACCUACGAAGGAUGAAGGUACAGAAUCUUCAAAAGAUGUCUUGGCGAACAAUCCCAAGAACAUCGUCGCUUCCAGCAAUGUAGAGAAGAAGGAACUCAAGAAGAUGCCAGUCACACCAGAAAUGUCCAUAGACUCGCCAAUGCUGACACCGACGCCUGCAGCGACAACGAGGAGCAACGGCUCGUGCAGCGAUGCCUCUCUCUCAUCGGAAUUAGAGGCACUCUUGCCACCUGUGGACCAUUUUAAGGAAGAAGAACGGACCCAAUGGGAGCCUCUGUCCGCCGACAAAUUCUCACGACAGAAAAAUACACCUCGGUUUGAAGCGUACAUGAUGACCGGUGACCUGAUGCUAAAUCUCUCCCGCACACAACAGAGCAGUAAUCUGCUGCCUAAGCAGCAUCAACAGCGAAAGGUGGACUCCCUUAGGUACAAUCCCAAUCAUCAGCACACCACUACCACCAUCACCACCACUAGUGCCCACCACAACCACAAUCAUCAUCAUCAUCAUCACCAUCAUCAUAACUCGGUACCCAGCAGUCCCAAUGAGACCCAGCUGGCACACCAGCACCAUCAUCAUCGAGGAAGCGUCUAUAAAACUUCCAGCUCGGCCAGUACAUCACCCGUAGGCGCUGCUAGACGCGACGGAGUGCAAAGCACUUCGGGGGCCUUGGUCCAAGUUGAUCCGGGCAAGAAUACUCCUUCAAGUUUCGGUUUUGUGCGUACUUCGCGAUCGGAAGACCAUUUGCAGUUCCAGAAAGAUCCCUCGAUGAGCGCUGUGGAUAUCGACAUCGAUGACGAUGUUACUUCAAGUCUGAACACGCUGCUAGAUCCACGGCCAGAAGGCCUAAUGCCAAACGAGCGAAUCGUCUGGACUUAUAACGCGCCUGUUAGCUCACCAGCUGUUUCCUGCUGCCAAAACGGCGGUUCCUCAUCUUCGUCUUCGUCCUCAUCAUCCUCUUCGACGAGCCCACAGCGUUCUCUGUCCCCUGCUUCCCCUACCUCCGUCUCGUCCUCCGUUAUGUCCUCCAACUCUGGUUCCCGUAGGUUCCCUCCGGCUCAAACUGUUCCCGGGGUUUCCAGCACCCCGGGAAGUCAUCUCCCCGCUAACGGCGAUUUCAGCCAGUCGGAGGCCAUCAGCAACAUGUCCAGUCCCGACUACAACGAUGAAGAAACAAUGGAUAUUCUCAGUGCGAGGGAUAUUAUGAUGGUCAGCGAUCCCAGUGACAGCGAUUCCACCAUUCUGGCGAGUGAACCACCUCAGAGAAGACUGAAGGCUAAUCCUCAGGAUGCUGGAGAACAUAGAAUAGUGAUUCAGGUAAAAGGACCUGACAAGGAGACUCAAAGAAACACGAGUCCCAGGCAGGCGAGGAGAAGAGGAAAUCCCAUUGGGGAACUAGGGCAGCCUGUUGCAUCUCAAAAUUUGCAGCGAAAUCAACCUGGAAUUCCAGGGGUUCCUGGAGUCAUCACAGGAUCUGUGACACCCGAAUGUGUAGGUUAUCAGGAAUUGAAAGAGAGCGAAGACGAGAGGGAGGCUUUACUUGUUGGAAUAUGCGACGAACAGAAGGGACAUGGAAGUGGCGCGUCGCCGCCGCAAUCAGCGGAUGAAGAGAGCGAUAUCGAAAGUUUGCACAGUUUUCACUACAGUCCGAAAGCGGUAGAUUUGCCCUCCGCGAUCCGACUGGCCAAACGUCUCUAUUCCUUAGAUGGCUUUAAAAAGUCUGAUGUCUCUAGACAUCUAAGCAAGAACAACGAUUUUAGCAAAGCUGUGGCGGAGGAGUACCUGCGCUACUUUAACUUUGAACGAGACACACUGGACAUGGCUCUCAGAAAAUUUCUCGCUCAAUUUUGUUUGACUGGAGAGACUCAAGAAAGAGAGAGAGUCUUAGUACACUUUUCCAAAAGAUAUUUGGACUGCAAUCCCGGUAGUUUCAAUUCCCAAGAUGCAGUUCACACAUUGACUUGCGCGAUAAUGCUGCUUAAUACAGACUUGCACGGUCAAAAUAUUGGCAGGAAAAUGUCGUGCUCAGAAUUCAUUGAGAAUCUGUCGGAGCUCAACGAUGGCGAUAACUUUCCACGCGAAGUGCUCAAGCAGCUUUACAAUGCCAUCAAGUCCUUUCCUCUCGAGUGGGCUCUGGACGAAGAAGGGGAUGAAGCGACGAACCAAGCAAUUCAGCAAGGCGAUGGUACGGCGGCAAUCGCCGGGACUGGAAAUCCAUUUCUCGAUGUGCCAAAUAUUACGGGCGCUACGGAGUUCAAAAAGGGCUAUGUUAUGCGUAAAUGCUGUUAUGACUCCAAUGGCAAAAAAACUCCAUUUGGCAAACGUGGAUGGAAGAUGUAUUAUUGUACAUUGCGUGAGCUUGUGCUAUACUUGCACAAGGAUGAGCACGGCUUCCGUAACGACAGUUUACACAAUGCUAUACGUAUUCAUCAUGCAUUAGCUACUAAAGCGACCGAUUAUACAAAGAAACAGCAUGUUUUUCGGUUGCAGACUGCCGACCAGGCUGAGUAUCUCUUUCAGACCAGUGAUUCGAAGGAACUGCAAUCAUGGAUCGAUACCAUCAAUUUUGUAUGCGCCAGCUUUUCAUGUCAGCCUCUCGCAGGUGCUGUUGGGUCUCAGCGUAAAUUCCAGCGUCCAUUGCUGCCAUGUAGCCAUACCAAAUUAAAUUCUAGAGAACAGUUGCGGGACCAUGAAGAUAGGGUCAACAGGCUAGAAACAGAACUGGAGGAGCACAGACGGCAUCCUCCGGAAAGAGGUGCCAAGGCUCUCACUGUACAAAAUUAUAAGGAAAAAGAUGCAUAUUUGCAUCACGAGCUGAAGCGGUAUAAGACAUAUGCCUAUCUUCUUCGUUCCCGGCUGACGUUCAGUGAGAUGGAAUCGUCGUUAGUUGAAAGCAGUAUUGGCGAGGUAGACGAGGGCAUGCUACUUGGACCUACUGGAGUUGUAGGAAACGCAGAAGGGGCUCUAGUACCACCGCCGGUCCCCGAACGACCAGCCGCAACUAAUAGGUACAGUUACCGGACCGCCAUUUACAGCGGCGGUGGCCGCAAUCUGCUGAACGGUGGCAAUCAGGACUAUAAUGCUGCCGGUGGUGAUGUUGGUUGACGCAAUGCUUAUGGCCUAUGCGGGCUAGUCUGACCCCGGUGCUGGUGUUGGUGCUGGUGACGUUGAUGUUUGACGAUAGACACGAGUGACGCAAACUAACGAUAUAUCCGACAGCGCAUCACACACUCCAAUGAUGUUAUUAAGUGUUACAACGUACAAUCGAGAGCAAAAGUACUGUCCUAUUCAGUGUCGUGAAGUUGAACUGCAGCUGUAUCAAAUUUCUUUCCUUUCCUGAGACGACCGAUUGGUUGGAGAAGAAGAUACAGUGAAAUUUUGAAAGGAAGAAGUUUUAUGCAAAUGCAGUUUUAUUCGCUAUAUCUGAACCAGACAAUAUUUUACUGUUGAUUGUACACCCCAUUCAGUGGCGCAACUAUUCGAUCAGAUUAUAGUUAUGUCGAAAAUAAUACAACCAAAGAGAAAAUAAUUUUUUAUGUAAGUGUAUGUCAAAAUAUAUAUAAAAGUUUUGUCUUUAACAAAUUUUUUCUAAUUAUUUUAAUAAUAGUAACGCCACUGAUACUUUUGUCGUGUCUUCUAAUUGCGGUAUAGCUAUUUUAGCUCUUAUUGGAUCUAUUUAUUUUAUCCUUUCAAACCUAACUUCUUAUGUGUUUAAUUUUACAUAAAAAUAUACUUUAUGUAAAAUUGGAUAAAUAUAAACAAAAUUUACUAGGCAGCAUAUUUACAAUAAAAUAUCGAAGAAAAAAUAUAGAUAUAUUGUACAUUGAGAGAGAGAGAGAUGACAUGCCUAAAAAUACUGUGUAUAGCUAGAAUUCAAUUUAAAUAAUUUUUGUUUAAAAAAGUAUUCGAUAUAAUAUCAUGUAUUGAUACAAUAUAAAAAAUUUAAGUCUAAAUUCUUUAGUCAGAAUCAUCAAUUUAUUAUUUAAGUUAAUAACAUUUAAAUAUCGAGUAUCAAAUUGGGAGAUUUAUAAAA